AUGGCGAACGCCGAGCUGGUGGACGCAGGAUGCUUCAUCACCCAGAUGAAUGAGUUGCUGCUAAUAGACCCCCUAUACAUAAAUUGCACUAUGACGAAUUACUGCAAUGGAUACAUAAGUGGAAAGGAGCACCUGGUGCCGAGGGAAAGGCUAAAUGGGAUUUAUUUUAAAAACGCAAAGCCGGGAUUAUGGUCCUGCUUUGCCAUUCGUGAGACCAACCAGGCGUGUUUGAAGAACGCGACCAAGCAGGAAGCCGCAACAGACGUAGCACAUGAGAGCGACCACAACUCGUACAAUAAUAUCAGAAACGAAAUGGUCCUCUCAUUCAUAUGUCUUAAUAACACAGAAUACAUGCGCGAGUGUUUAACGAUAGAAAAAGUGGAUGAGUUAAAAUGGGAAAGAUUGGAGCCAAAUGAAAAAAUUCACCCAGCACUUGACCAAACAGGCAACUGUAGCAGCACUGUACAUAGCGACUGCAAAAAUGAGAAAAUGACGAAUUCUCGUAGCGAUAAAAGUGAACUUCUCCCACUGGAAAAUUAUUUUACAAACAUUUUAACCAUCGAAAGUGGACAGGGUGGCCUAUUUUGCAUUGAAUCGAUAAAGCACAGCGCUGACCUGCUUUUUCAAAAACACGGAAUGAAUAACAUUAGCAGUAGGGAACAGCUGGAUAAUUUAUUCAAUCAAAACAUGAAUGAUCUUUAUCCUUGGUUUGAUAAGAUUUGCAAUUUAACCAUGUCAUCCUCAGUCGCUGUGAUCGAUUUUAUUGACAUGCCCAUUGGCUGUGUUUGUCUGUCCAGUUCGGACUGUGUUGUUAACUAUUUGUGCGAAGUGGUACGUGAUGAAGUCACCGACGAAGUGUGGGCCAUUCGAGUUAACUUCCUGGCGCCCCUGAAAUGA